AUGGAGAAAUGGGAAUUGAUCACCCCGGCAUGGAUCGGCGACACGGUCAAGGCCACCGUCCCGCUCAACGCCGACGUCUACGUCGGCGACAAGCCGUCCGAGGGCAAGUUCCGGCCCGACAUCGACGGCGUCAUGACAGACAUGGUCAAGUUCAUGCACGACCACGGCGCGCCCUUCGUCGUCAACAUCUACCCCUUCCUCAGCCUCUACCAGAGCGAAAACUUCCCCUUCGAGUUCGCCUUCUUCGACGGCGGCCGCAGCAUCCAGGACAACGGCGGCGUCAGCUACUCCAACGUGUUCGACGCCAACUACGACACCCUCGUCAGCGCGCUCAAGAAGGCCGGCGUGCCCGGCCUCAAGGUCAUCAUCGGCGAGGUCGGCUGGCCCACCGACGGCAACAAGAACGCUAACCCCAAGCUCGCGCGCCGCUUCUACAACGGCCUCCUCAAGAAGCUGGCCAAGAACGAGGGCACCCACCUCCGGCAGGGCAAGAUGGACGUAUACCUCUUCGGCCUCUUCGACGAGGACAUGAAGAGCAUCGCGCCGGGCAACUUCGAGCGCCACUGGGGCAUCCUCACCUACGACGGCAAGCCCAAGUUCGCCAUGGACCUGUCGGGAAAGGGCAACGACAAGCAGCUCACGGCCGUGUCCGGCGUGGAGUACCUGCCCAAGCAGUGGUGCGUGUUCGACGACGAGGCCGCCAAGGAGGAGGGCAAGGACAAGCUGCCGGGGAACAUCCAGUACGCGUGCGCCAGCGGCGACUGCACGGCGCUCGGGUACGGCUGCUCCUGCAACGGCCUCGACGAGAAGAGCAACAUCUCCUACGCCUUCAACAUGUACUUCCAGAUGCAGGACCAGGACGUGCGCGCCUGCGACUUCGACGGCCUCGCCACCAUCUCUGACAAGAACGCCUCCACCAAGGAAUGCCUCUUCCCCGUCCAGAUCAUCAGCGCCGCCACCGUCCCGGCACGCCGAUGGCCCGCAUCGUCGCUGCUGCUGGCCAUGUUGGUCGCGCAUGCUCUCGUGUCAUGACGACGGGUUUUAUCAUGUAGACAUCAGGGGAGGAAAUCGGAUGAUUCAUUUGUUCGGCAGGCACGUCACGUCUAGCACCCAUGCGUCGAAAAUCUUGAAAUAAAUCGAGAAAAAUACAAGCGCCGAUGCCCGGAAAAUCAUGAACUAAAUCGAGGAAAAUGCUUGCUCUGAACUGGAGGGUGCAAUGCAUAAAUUGUGUAAACAAUCCGAAUAUGAAAAGCUCGAGUAAAUUUUGUAGCUUGUAGCCCCAAAGAAGAUGGCCAACCUGAAGACAGUGAACGAAGACAUCGCCAUUCCCACCCGUGCUUCAAGAUCAAUGG